GCUUCCCAAUCAUCGAUUGUUGAGUUGUAUCCAGCAGAGUGCUUGAGUGCAGGAGGUAUCGAUGCAUCAACAGGCUCUGUCAAUUCUUUGAAUUGCCAACUACAAAGAAGGCAAAGGAACUCUAUCAUGGAUUCGAAGAAAAAGUUCACCAGGACAUUCAGCCGCAAAGUACGCACUGGGUGUUUAACUUGCAAGGUGCGACGAAAGAAGUGCGACGAGGAGAAACCCACGUGCAGACGUUGUCGGAGCGACGUCUUCAAAUGCGAUGGCUAUGCGAAGAACCAUGACUCGCAAGAAUCUUCACAAGCACUGAUGGUGCCUACCAAUACCGGAUUCACGAUACCUGAUUUUUUCAUGAGUGACAUAAGAUACAAUUCACCAACGGAGAAAAAUUUCGUUCACUACUUUCGGCAAUGGACAUCCAGCUGCCCACCAGGUUCAGCCCUCCUCUGGAAAGAGUUUGUUUUGCCUCUUGCGCACCAAGAUGAAAUGAUCAAGCAAGUAGUAGCAGCUGUUGGUGCAGCAUAUCACUAUUUUCUAGUCAAUCGCUCCUCAGACUCUUCUAAGGAUCUAGGUGAGAUGGAGACAAUGACAAUACGACAUUACAACAAAGCCAUCUCUCAUAUAUUGCGACGUACGUCAUCCGAUGAGCCAGAAGAUCUCCUUAUGACAGUGUUGAGCUGUUUACUUUUUGUCUGCUUUGAGGGAAUGAUGGGUCGCCGCGACGAGUUAUUGAAACAUCUCAAGGCUGGCCUAAGGAUGCUCGAAAGUUCCGAGGACUGGAAGACCAUAAAGGAUGGAUCCCUCGCACGUGUAGUCAUCGACCUUUUUGGUCACGCCGGCGUCGAUAUAACCAUGUACUUGGAAGAAGACUUGUUCGACGCAAGCCAGUACCAGAAGAUCAUGCCAACGCUUGGCCAGGGGGAUAGGCCGUUCGUCGACCUACAGCAAGCUUUUUCCGUUCUAAAAACCAUAGAUAUGGAGUUGAUCGUUACUUGUGGUGUAGAAGGUCCAGGCUGCGGUCCUGAGUUCUCGCUUGAUCAACGUAUCCUGAACAAAUUUUACCUCUGGAACCGCCAAUUCGAACUCACUGUUGCUGGAUUGGAUGUGGAAGCUUUCGAUCGAUCCGCCAUGAUCCAGCUAAAGAUCUUGAGACUGGAACAAAAGCUGUGGCUCAUUAUGACAGAAUACUCCAGCCACACUUACCAUUUGGUGUGGGGAAUACUGUGGAGUUCCUAUCUGGAUGAGGCUGAGGAAGUGGCGCGCAUGUUGAUGGUGGGAGAUUCACCUGCAUUUUCACUCGAUGGAGUUCUUGUGUCGGGGCUUUCUUUCGCAUUCGUUGUUGCCGAGGAUAUCACUAUAAAAAACCGAGCUCUUUCGCUUCUGCGCACAUUGAACCGCCGAGAAGGAAUAUGGGAUAGCAACGAGAUGUUCGAGAUCCAUAGUGCUGACCUUGCUACGGGCGAAUACCCCAAACCAUUGCCCUACGCAGUAGCAAGGCACAGUCCGCCAGAUCACUCUCGCAUGUCUGGUCUAAUUUAUGAUUGUCCUUCUGACAGUGACUCGGAGAUGGUAAAUGGCUAUUUAGGAGGGUGAGAUUGAGAUGUACUCGGCUGUUUCUGCAAGUAAAAUAAUGCUGUAUGAAGAGGCUCAGGCACACGCAUUCCCAAGUUCUCACUGCUUUUGCAAACCAUUCCGAAAUUGGAUGGACGCAAUAGAAAUCGAAAAC